UACCAGGAUUGUUACCAUGCCUGAACCAGCAGUGAAAGCAGCGAAGAAGGGAUCCAAGAAGGCGGUGGCAAAGACCGCCGGCAAGAAGGACAAGAAGAGGAGAAAGACCAGGAAGGAGAGCUACGCCAUCUACGUCUAUAAGGUGAUGAAGCAGGUCCACCCCGACACCGGCAUCUCCUCCAAGGCCAUGGGCAUCAUGAACUCCUUUGUGAGCGACAUCUUUGAGCGCAUCGCCGGUGAGGCCUCCCGUCUGGCUCACUACAACAAGCGCUCCACCAUCACUUCCCGGGAGAUCCAGACCGCCGUGAGGCUGCUGCUCCCCGGCGAGCUGGCCAAGCACGCCGUGUCUGAGGGCACCAAGGCCGUCACCAAGUACACCAGCUCCAAGUAAACCGUCCCGCUGCCUUAAUCCCAUCAAACCAACGGCUCUUUUAAGAGCCACACACUUCUUCUCUAAGAGCAACGUUUCAUUUAAGCAUGCUUU